UUGAAGACUCAUUUGGUGCCACUCAGAGACCAGCUUCAUCGAAGCAACACCAUGAAACCCAAAGCACUUUUCAGUUUCUUUCUCCGUUUCUUCUUCACCUUGCUGUGUACGGCGGCGGAGCAUGAACCUCGAAGCAGAAGCAGAAGCAGCAUAGUUUUUACUACACUUGGCAGAUCAGAUUAUGCUUGGGACAUCUUCACUCUCCCAACUUUGGAUUCACCAAACCCUUCUAACGAACUUCAGAUUACGGACGGUGAAUCGGUUAAUUUCAACGGCCACUUUCCGUCAGCCUCAUCGUCCUCCAUCCUCUCGCUCCUCCACAAUCGAAGCCUUCUUCAUCCUCCGGGUCCACCAGCUCCGGCGCCGCUCCAGCUCAUCUACGUCACGGAACGAAGCGGGAUGUCAAAUAUUUACUACGACGCACUUUAUUGCGAUGCGCCGCGAAGCACCAGAUUAAGAUCGGCCCUUGAACUUCCCGUCCGAGUUCAAGCUCCUUUGUUGGGUUUAGAGGAAAGCAAGAAUCGGAUUUCGAUGAAAGAUAGGCCGAGUUUGAGUGGGGAGAAUUUGAUUUACGUGUCAACACAUGAGGACCCGGGUCAGCCGAGAACGAGUUGGGCUGCUGUGUACUCGACUCAGUUGGGAACUGGUGUUACUCGGCGGCUCACUCCUUAUGGAAUCGCCGAUUUUAGUCCCGCCGUGUCUCCUUCUGGGGUUUGGACAGCUGUGGCUUCGUAUGGAAGCAAAGGGUGGGAUGGGGAAGUGGAAGAACUGAGCACUGAUAUUUAUGUUUUCUUGACUGGGGAUGGGUCUCAGAGAGUAAAGGUUGUUGAACACGGUGGGUGGCCAUGUUGGGUUGAUGACUCGACUCUGUAUUUCCACAGGAGAAGUGAAGACCAGUGGAUAAGUGUUUAUAGAGCGAUUUUGCCUAAAGGUAAACUGGUUUCUACUGAGUCAGUGACGAUUGAACGAGUCACGCCACCGGGUGUGCACGCGUUCACGCCAGCUACUUCCCCAGGUAAUCAUAAGUUCAUAGCAGUAGCUACGAGAAGACCCAAUUCGAGUUUUCGCCAUAUAGAGCUGUUUGACCUUGUUAAACGCGAGUUUAUCGAGCUCACUCGGCACGUUUCUCCUACAACUCACCACUUAAACCCGUUUUUAUCACCCGACUCAGCCCGAGUUGGGUACCAUAAGUGUAAGGGAGAAAGUAAUGGAAGAAAAACUCCCCAGUUAUUGCUUGAAAACGUUCGAAGCCCAGUACCAAAUCUCUCUCUUUUCAGAGUCGAGGGUUCAUUCCCUUCUUUCUCACCGGCGGGUGACCGUAUAGCCUACGUGGAUUUCCCGGGUGUUUAUGUCGUGAACCGGGAUGGUUCGAACCUGCGCCAGGUUUUCCCGUUGAAUGCUUUUGCAACCGCUUGGGACCCGAUUCGUAAAGGAAUUGUAUACACCAGCGCUGGACCGGAGUUCGCAAGUGAGAGAACCGAGGUUGAUAUUGUAGCCAUCAACGCUGACGAUGUUGACCAAUCAAAGUUUAAGAGGUUGACCAAUGAUAGUAAAAAUAACGCAUUCCCCUCGCCAUCGCCCGACGGAAAAUGGAUUGUGUUCAGGUCGGGUCGCACGGGUCACAAGAACUUAUAUAUAAUGGAUGCGAUCGACGGGGAGGCGGGCGGGCUCCGGAGAUUAACGGAGGGCCCGUGGACGGAUACGAUGUGUAAUUGGUCACCCGACGGUGAUUGGAUCGCUUUUGCUUCGGAUCGAGACAACCCGGGUUCAGGGAGUUUCGAGGUGUAUCUGAUCCACCCCAAUGGCACGGGUUUAAGGAGGUUGGUUAAGAGCGGGUCAUCCGGGCGGGCCAACCACCCGUCAUUUAGUCCGGAUGGAAAGUAUGUGGUAUUUACUUCGGAUUAUGGGGGGUUAUCAGCUGAGCCAAUCUCAAACCCACAUCACUAUCAACCUUACGGUGAGAUAUUCACGAUAAAAUUGGACGGCUCUGAUUUGAAGAGGCUGACUCACAAUUCUUAUGAAGAUGGGACCCCCACGUGGGCUCCAUCGUACAUUAAUCCAGUUGAUGUGGAGGGGCCGAAGAGGCGCCACUGUGCUUUUGAGGACUGUCAUUGGCUCAAUGAAAUGCCAGGCGGUGCCACUAGGGUGGAACCAUUGGAGUCAACCAAGCCUCAGUGCGGUGCAUGAUUCCAAGCUUUUCUUGUGUAUAAAUAGAAUAAUUAUGUGUUUAGGUAUUGUAAAUUUGUUUGAUGGAAAUAGUUUUGGGCACCAUUUAAAUAUUUGUAACUCUUUGGUGCCCUUUUUGUGUAAUAUGGUUGAGAAAAAUAAUGAGCUUAUGUCCCCAUGGUCGUAUAACUA